AUGUUAGCUCCACUAAGAUACCAGAUUGAUCUCUAUCUUCGAUUCCCUUGUAUUUACCAGGACUGCAACUCUUAUGCAUAUCAGUCUCUGGAUUCUGCUGGUUGGAAAGGAAUUUCUUUCACUCUGGCCGCUAUAACAAAGUCAAACUAUUCUCGCACCUCUAGGAGGGUGUGGGGUGACGAAGAGGGAGUGAUUUGGCUUUGUGUUUUGCGAAGAUCAAAGUCCUCGGAUAUAUGGAGAUUGUGCCGUGUUUCAGUGGGCUUGUCCCUUGAUUAUGGCUAA